ACUGCUUUACUCUCUGUGAGGAAAGCAGGAGACUGUGAGGGAGAAAGAGGCCGACGAGGAGGCCAAGGUUGGGCUAGGACUGAAGGAGGACUGACCCGGCAGGUGAAGGGCGGACUUGGUAGCAGCCGCAGCUUUUAGUUGCCAUUGCUGCUGGGAGGUGGCAUCUUCCUCAGUGAGGUGGUUGGUUGACUAGGUCUCGGCGGCCAUGGCGGUGAACUUUGGGGACCACACCAGUGGCUUUCGUCACAACGAUGUAAUCAGUUUCAUCAACAGCGAGGUCCUCAUGAACGGAGGCGACCAUGAUUUCUAUAGGGCCUUCUGCUCGGGACCCUGGAGUGAGGUAGAGGAUCGGCUGCAAGUUGUCUUAGCUAACCCACAGGUGCCGCACGCCAUCAAGAGGGCCUGUGCCUGGAACGCGCUGGCCUUGAGCGUGCGUGUUGGCAUGAGGCAGCAGGAGCGGCAGGAGCGUCAGAUCCGGUGGUUGCAGGAGCAGGUGGAGGAGCAAGAGAAGACUUACUGGGCCCUGGCCUUCAAGCUGCAGCGCCUCCGUGAGGAGCGGGAGGAGAUGGUGUCACAGUUGCGCUUCACAUGGGCCUCACUGCAGCAGGUGCUGAAGGAAUGUGAUGUGCUUCGUGGGCGGCUGCUCCAGGUCCCCCCAUUGGCCCAAGAGAUGGGGCCUGGGCCUCGAGCCAAGCAAUUUGGGGCAGUAGCAUGGCCCAUGAGCACGGAGCAGCAGGUGGCCAUGGGGGUGCCUGGCAGGCCUUAUUUUGAGGCAGCUGCUGAUAGGCUGAGGCAGAUGCCUGCCCCAGAAGCUGCUGUUUAUGUGCCGGGACCACCGAGUUCCUGGUCCCAGGCCAUGAAACCCCCUAUGCCAAUGCCGAUGCUGUAUCCAUUUCCAUACCAUGCACCAUUCCCCAUGGGAUCACAAUCCUUGCCACCUGUACCACCAGCAGAAGCAGAAGCUGCAGCAGUCCCAUUUCAGAUGCCUUCUCCGGGAGUCUGUCUACCUGGCCCAUUGGUUGCAGUGGGCUUUCAAGAGAAGAUAGCCCCCCUGGGCAACAAGAAGAGCUACAGCCAGGGAGGUCCUGAGAUCCUGCAGGGUACAGUCCCCUUAGCGGGUAUCAGAAGUCUUAACCAGGAAGAAGGUCAGGAGAGGUCACAGGAGAUGGUCCCUCUGGGGACCAGUGGGAGCCACAGCCAGGAAGAAGUUCCCAGAAGACCCCAGGGGACUGUUCCCCUGGGGGACAGCAGAAACCAGAAUCAGGAGAGAGAUCUAGAGAGAUUCCAGAGGAUUCUCCCCCUGGAGUACAAUAGAAGUCACAAGCAAGAAGAUCCAGAGAGACCCCAGGGGACUGACCACCUGGGAGUCAGCAGAAGCCAGAGCCAGGAAGGAGGUCCAGAGAGGCCUCAGGCUACUGCCCAGGGGCACAGCUGGAGCCAUGAUGGGAGAGAAAACCCAGAGAAACAACAGCCUCAGGAGCAGAAGACCGAGAAACCAAAAGGGAAAGAAGCCUCAGAAUCAUACCACAAGGAGAAGUCUGCUUCAGGUUGCAGUUCAGUGAAUUGGAAGUGCCCAUGGUGUAAAGUGAUGAAUUUUUCGUGGUGCGAGUCCUGCUAUAAAUACUGGAAAGUCUGGAGGGCAGUUGGGAGUGGAGGCCCAGACUCAGGACAAACUCACCAAUUUCAGGAAGGUGCUGAAUUCUACAUGGUUGAUACUGAUUGAUUGACAUCCCAGAGAAGCUGAGUUUUACAGGUGAGAGUUUGUCUUUAUGUCUCUGAGCCCUACAGAAUUUGCUUCUUCUGAAGAAUCUGAACCUAUCCCAUUGGAUCUUCCAAGAGCCUAAGACAUAAUCCUCAUUUCUUUUUGACCCAUACCACGGUGAGGCCCCACACUGACUGGAUCUGAGAAGAGAGAAAAGUCAGGAAAGAAGAGAUGCUUUGGCACUUGGGAGAAAAGGAGGGCAAAAGAAUUUUGUUAGGAUUUAAUUUCUCUGUUGGGACAAGGAAUUCAGAGUCGAAGGAUGAAGUGUUAAGUUGUAGAGAUGAUAGCAAAUUUGUUGAAUUUCAUUUAAUUCAUUAAACAAAUAGUUAUUUUCUGAUAUGUUUUAGAAACUAGAGUUAUAUGUUAAUAUCUUGUGCAUACCCUGUAACCUGAUUUGGUGAGUUUGGUUAGAUAACAGGAGAGAGCCAACUUUGGGAUACAAAUUAUAUCCGGAGUGAUUUCUUUGUCUCUUAUGUCAUGUGGCCUUUGCAUAAAUGCAGUUGAAAUAGCAUGCAGAUUAUUUCUGUAGUUUUGGGGGCAAGAUCAAAGAGAUUUUUGUGGAUGGACUUGAUUUGCCAACAGCUCAUCUCGUUGGUCCCAGAUGACACAAAUGAGUAGUGGCAAAGAGCAGGAAAGUGGCCUCACAAGAGUGCAGGCAAGACUUUUCUGAUACUCCUGAUUUCCUCCCUCGAGAGGGACAACUAGUUUCCUGGUUGCCUGAAAGACCAGCCACCAUCCCAAGUCCCUUUCCAGCCAGUGGCUGAAGAACAAAAUUAUUCCAAAGACAGACAUCGUGCUGUGGAUGGUGCUUCUCUUGGGAGGACUAAUUGGAUUAAAAGUAGAACUGGACUGGGACAAGAGCUCCUGAGAACGCCCUUGGGUCCUUCUCUUCCACUUUGUGUGUUCUCUGCAGGCUCUGCUCCCCUGAGGCAGCUGCUGCAAGCCAGGGGAGCCAGGGUGGAGCCCAGGGGCUGGAAAGUCAGAUCAGCCUCCAGUCUGAACAAGAGGUGUCCUGGAGUUCCCCCUGGAGAUU